GUCUUCGGCAUUCUCCUCCGUCAUUUCUUGUCCAGCCAAUUUCUCAACUUUUGUAUCACAAUUAAGACUCACGGUUUCUUCUACAAAAUUAUCAUUUAAAAUCAAAUAGCUUGCCAGUUUAUAUACAAAUUGGAACAAGAAAUUUCAUAAAAUCAGUCCAGCAUGGGUUCCGAGAAGUCGAGCGGUGGUGGUGACAGCGCAUCUGCCAGCGACCCCCUCACUAACCCGAGAAGACGAGGAGACCAGUUUGUUCCGAUUUUGACGACAUUUUAUCCAUCAUCGGUUCGGAAGGACGCUACCAAAAACUUCUAACCUACGGAUUUUUAGCACCUCUCAUGAUUAUCUCCCCACUCCUCGAGCUCAGUUCCGUCUUCCUAUUCGACAUUCCGAAUCACUGGUGUCACGUGCCUGCGCCUCACUCGUCCUACUUCAGUCCAGACAACGACACUGCGUGGAAAAAUGCCACCUUGCCAAUGGAAGUUGGACCGGACGGGAAACUGCGGUACAGUCAGUGUCUCAUGUACGACCAAGUGGACAACCCUUUCAAGAACAGGACAAUCCCCUGCCAAAACGGGUGGGACUUUGAUAAAUCGGACUACGAAGCCACCGUCCCCUCAGAGUUUGGUUGGGUUUGCGAUAAAGUGGAAUGGGGGGCUGACAUUAUCGCCUCUGCCAUGGCGGGGAUGGCAAUAGGGACCAUUUUGUUUGGAGUCCUCGCUGAUAAGAUUGGACGCAAGCCCGUGUUUUUCAUGGCGUGUGUCGUAAUUCUCGUAUUUCGUGGAUUAUCACUUUACACACCGCAAUAUUUCCGAGCGUAUCAGGUCUUCUCGUUCCUCUCGGGAACCGCAAUUGCGACUUUUUUCAAUAUUCCGAUGCUUGCCAUUGCAGAGGUGUGUGGCACGAAUUACAGAUCAUGGGUGUACGCUGUUGUCUGGAUGGUUUACGUCGUUGGGAAUUGUCUCCUCCCCCUCAUCGCCUGGAUAAGUCGAGAAUGGUUCACAUUCGGCAUGGUGACAACGCUCCCAGUUCUGAUCAUGGUUUUCUUCUACCCAGUCAUCAUGGAAUCUCCGCGAUGGCUGAUCACGGCUGGGAGGGAAGAAGAGGCACUGGAAACGGUGUGGAAAAUAGCCCGGAUUAACGGGAAGGAGGUCGAUCAGGACGACUUGACGUGGAUGGUGAAGGUGUUAGUAGAAAGGCAGAAGAAAGCCAACCUUGAGAAUAGUCGGGUCGGAAUUUGGAGUCUGUUUCAAUGGCCUCGAUUGGCCAAGAACACGAUUCUUCUCUGCAUCGCAUGGUCAAUGAAUGGGCUGUUGUACUACGGAAUCAUUCUGAACACGACGAACGUGGCUGGAAAUAAGUUUAUGAAUUACUUUCUCCUCUCGGUGAUCGAACUGCCGUCGGGUUAUUUGGCUGGAAGGCUGGUGGAAAUUACUGGAAGAAGAUGGACGCAGGUUGGGUUCUUUAGCGUGAGCCUCGUGUCCUGCAGUCUGUGUGCCAUAGCCUCCUUCUACAUGGACUCGACAUACUUGGUCAUUCUUGGCGCUCUUGGAAUAAAACUUGGUGUGUCAGUCUCAUCGCUGGUCGUGUAUCUUCAAGGCGCUGAGAUCUUGCCCACCCAGUUGCGCUCGUCGGGAAGUGCUUUAGCCACCACGAUCAGCAACCUGAUCGGAAUGUCGGGACCCUACAUUGUUCUCACGGGAAAGUCUAACGCGGUUGCGCCAUACGUGAUCCUUGGCGUGGUUUCGCUGACUGGUGCUUUGGCUGCGUCAUUUUUACCGGAAACUUUCCAACACCAUUUACCAGAAACGUUAGAAGAUGCGGAUAAAUUUGGAAAAAACUCAAAAUUUUGGAGCUACUUGCCCAAGGAUUCGAUAAAACUUGAAGGAUCAGGAUCGGAUGAGGGACUGCCAGAAAAUGCUCAGCACAAAUAAAUAACAAGUUCCGUUCUAUAAAUAAAUUCACUGACAUUGCAAAUAAAUAAAGAAUGUUGACAGUU